AUGUUCUGCAAAAUAGAGUUCAAUGAAUUGUCCGAAGCGUUGGUUUCCGUAAACGAUUCGUACGCUUUUGAGCCCAACAUAUGGUAUGCCAUCGACGGCACGACCGUUGAGUUUGAGUGUAAGCCCGGCUACGAGUUUGAGGUCCAUUCAGUGCGUACGUGUCUACACAACUCGAGUUGGGAUGUGGAGGCAACCAUAUGUCGAGAAAUUGGUUUUACUUCAGGAGGGACACAAUCGCCCAUUUAUGCCGUGCCGAUGCUUACGAUUGUCGGUAUUAUCGUUAUAUCAGUCUUUGGAAAGUUCGAAAGCAAUAUUGAAAGUUAA